AGUAUUUGCGUUAAAAGUUUCUGCGUCAGUAUAUACUUUAUAGUGCAAAUUAGUAAGUCUACUGGAAAAAAUUGUAGAAACACAUGAUUAGAUUGAAAAACAGUCGAAACAAUGGGUGAUGAUGGUAUUCAUUGAAGAAAACAAUGCUCGAAAUUGUUCAAUUUUCAUUGAUCAUGACGACGAAGUUGAGGUAACAAGGACACUGGGAUUUGAAAUCCGUAAAAUCUUGGAGGAACGGGAAACUAAAUGGAUCCUGUGUUUAAUCACUUAUAACAUUAUAAUUACCCACUAUCUCUGUAGUUGGGUUACAUCCACUAAUAGCGUAGCAUUGAAUGCAUAUGUCAAUACACUAAUCUUCAACAUAUUCACACUAGUAGUCUGUUUUAUAUCAGUAUGCAUAUCGCGACGGAGUUUAUCGACCCCAAGCUAUUCCAAGUAUGAAAAUCAUCAUCGUUCGUCUUCUAGUUGUUUUGUGAGACCUGCGGUUAUUAAGUUUGUCAACGUGAAUACCAAUAGUGCCCACAGCAAUAGCAAUAUCACCAAAAAUGGUUUAUCCACUGGAAGCAAUAACGACAAAACAUCGAAAUUAUCGCUAUCAUUUGAUCAAAGAUAUGAAGUGCUAGCCCUUUUGAUCUCCACAUGCAUCGUUCUUAUUCUUCAGGCGCUUGUGUCUAUUGAAAUGAUUAUCCGUAUCGGUAAUCAGCCUCGAAUUAAUGCUGGCAGAAUAGGAUUUGGAGCAAUACUCGGGUUCUUUGCCCAUAUCGGAACGAUAGUAGCGUAUCCAGAUGCUGGGCUAAAUCAUGUAAUUUGUUGCAUACCGUGUCCUACUUUCAGAGGAUGUAACCCAAUAGUCUCUGGGAAUGUUAUCAGCGCCGUUGUCCUGUGUACUACACACUUUGUUAUACAUUUUUGGGAAAUCCAUAUAAUUGAUACCGUAGCCGCAUUUAUUUUAAUUGGCCUGACUACGAGGACUAUUUUACCACUUGCUUUUUAUACAUUCAAUGUUAUGUUAAAAAAAGCACCCGAUUAUCUGAUUGAUGAGCUAGAUAAGUGUCUAAAAGAGGCGUUGAAUGUCGAUGGGGUUCUAGAAUUUCGUAAUGAAAAAUUUUGGAUCCAAUCAUUUGGUAAAUUAGCAGGAAGUUUAUCGGUUCGUAUUAGACGGAACGCUAAUGAAAUCCACGUAAUUAAUAAAGUGGCUGAGCAUCUUUCUAAAAUAGUUUCGUCACUUAAAGUCGAAGAAUUUGAUGCCUGGGGACUUGGAAAGGCAGGCAAGUUUGACGGCAGUCAAUCCUGCAAUUCUCUUGAGUAUUAUAUUGAUGAGAUUUUACCACGCGCUAAUAAAAUUGAUGAGGAUGCGGGAGAGUGCCCUGAUAAAGCCGGCGUGAAAGUUUUGAAGAUCGAUCAACUGUUGGGAAAUGGGUUUGACUAUAAUUUUGAUGUCAAGGUCGCUUUGGAAAAUGGUUGUUGUGAGAGUAUAAAAUCAUCCAGUCAUCCCAGGCUCCUUCAUGGUGGGACUAGAUCUAGGAUUCGCGAAGAUAAUCGUGAGAACAUUUCGACCAAUAGUAAUGUCAAUAACAAUAAUCAUAAUGAUAAUAAUGAUGAUAAUCAUAGACUGAUAACUUUGUAUCGUAAUGAAAAUAUGAAAGUUGUUGACCACUUGCAUCGUGACAGAAAAGGUAAUGUUUUGUUGACGGGACUGGGAGAUUUCCGAAGUUAUUCUUCGGUACUUUAUAAAUAAUGAUAAUUUAAUUAGUAAUUUAGUUUAAUUAUUUUGUUUAUAUAAUACUGAAUAA